AGCGGUCGAGCUCGGCAGAAAGCCGGUUCGGAGGCGGCAGUGACGCAGGUGAGUUGCAGGGUCUCCUUCGGGGUCAGGGCGGCUGCUGAGUUAUCAUGGCAUCCAGUUCAGAAAGUCCACUCCCUACCUAUGAAACAGACGACAGCCAAACCUCAAAACUAAUAAGAAAAUCCCGGGAGUCUCCAUUUGUCCCAAUUGGCAUUGCAGGUUUUGCAGCCGUGGUGGCCUAUGGGCUCUACAAGCUGAAGCACAGAGGGGACACCAAAAUGUCCGUUCAUCUGAUUCACAUGCGUGUGGCAGCACAGGGCUUUGUCGUGGGGGCCAUGACCUGCGGUGUCCUUUAUUCCAUGUAUCAAGAAUACUGGGCCAAGCCCAAGCCCAAGCCCUAGGAAGCCAUCAGUUGAAACUUGUGUGUGCUGGUGUUCUUAUGUACUCUCUAGCGAUAGACCUCACAUGGAAAUGGCUCUGCAGUGAUAACAAGCACAAGGGAGCGGCUCUGUAACUCUGUCCACGUCACGCACGGUGUUAACCUCUACGCUGCCAGUGUUGCUCUACAUUAAGUUGUCAGUGACUUCAAACCUGUUCUUCUCUCUGGCUUCAGUGACACCAUCAGCUGAUACUUUUUAAAAAAAAAUAGCAUCCAACCCCUUUUUUGCUAUGCAUCCCUGGCACUUAGGCACUCUGUGGCUUAGAGGUCCAGAAUUGCCUCUUCAGAAGUUCUUCCUUUACUUUGCGAAAUAAUCAAGCGAGACAAUGUUGGUAGAGGUGUACAGGGUUUAGCAGAACACAAAAUCUAACUCUCUCUCACUGAAUUCUUUAAACUGCCUUGGAACAAAUGUUGUGGACAAGCGACUCUUACCAUAGAUUAAAUUAUUUGCUAUCUUUUAUUUAUUGCACAAUAUUAAAUUCUAAAAUUCACUUAUUUUCACCGGAGGGCAUUGUACUUUCUUGAAUUAUUUUUUAA